CUUCCUCUGCUUCUCUCUGCCUCUCUUUCUUAACCUUUUUCCGUAUCUGAUCUUUUAUACUCACAAUCUGUCUAAUCUAUUUAACCAAACCAGGAAGAGGGGGAAAAAAGGAAAUCGGUCAUCCAUGGUUGGUCUUGGCGAUAACAGCAACAACAAGAAGAACAAGAAGAAGAAGCGUGGGGGUACUAAAAGGAAGAUGACGGCCGAGCAAGCCUCCGCUUUCAAAUCGGUGACCGAAUGGGUUUAUUUGGAUCACCCAAAUUCAUCUUCUUCAUCUUCUACUACGUCGGCUUUAUCUUCGUGGGUGGUUGAUGAUUUUGGGGCUCAAAAGAGUUUGGGGAGAGGGAUGGAUAAAGUGCUGUUUGAAUUGCAUUCCCAUUCUAAACACAGUGAUGGGUUCUUGUCUCCUUCAAAGCUCGUUGAGAGAGCUCAUGGCAGAGGGGUGAAAGUUCUUGCUCUGACGGAUCAUGAUACAAUGUCUGGCAUCACUGAGGCAGUUGAAACAGCUCGCAGAUUUGGUAUCAAGAUAAUCCCGGGUGUUGAGAUCAGCACCAUAUUUUCUCCAAGAAAUCUCGAAAUGGAGGAACCGGUGCACAUCCUUGCAUAUUACAGCAGCUGUGGCCCCAUGAGGCACGAGGAACUGGAAAAAUUAUUGGCUAACAUAAGGGAGGGACGAUAUUUACGUGCCAAGGACAUGGUUUUGAAACUCAAUAAACUCAAGCUACCACUUAAGUGGGAGCAUAUUACAAAGAUUGCAGGCAAUGGAGUGGCUCCUGGGCGAUUGCAUGUGGCUCGAGCAAUGGUCGAGGCAGGUUAUGUAGAGAAUCUAAAACAAGCUUUUGCCAGAUAUUUAUAUGAUGGCGGCCCUGCUUAUUCAACAGGAAGUGAGCCUCUUGCAGAAGAAGCAGUGCGGCUUAUAUGUGAAACCGGGGGUUUAGCAGUCCUUGCUCAUCCGUGGGCACUAAAAAACCCUAUUCCGAUCAUAAGACAGUUAAAAGAUGCGGGCCUUCAUGGAAUGGAGGUUUACAGAAGUGAUGGAAGACUGGCAGCAUUUAAUGACUUAGCGGAUACGUAUGAACUUCUGAAGCUUGGAGGAUCAGACUAUCAUGGGAGAGGUGGGAAUGGUGAGUCCGAACUCGGGAGUGUGAACCUCCCAGUGCUGGUUUUGCAUGAGUUUCUUAAGGUAGCUCGACCUAUCUGGUGUGGUGCCAUUAAGGACAUCCUAGAGAGUUAUGCAAAGGAGCCCUCUGCUUUGAAUCUAGCUAGGAUCGUAAGAUUCUCAAGGAUGGACAGUUUAAAGGGAACUUCUCCCUUGAGUUGUGGCAAGGACUGGAUCGACCGAUGUUUAUCCUCGUGGUUGACUACCGAAGAAUGGCAGAAUGCUGAAUUUGAGGCUAUUAGGUUGAAGCUUUCCCUUGCCUCAAUUGACCUGGGUGGAGUACAAGUUCCUAUAGAGACUAAGUAGUGUGCAUCUUGCCGUUGUUGCCAAGAUAAUCCUGUGGGGCAUAACCUUUUGCUUUUAAUAGUUUGGGAGGAAAAUCUAAACUAAAAACUAUUCAUGUUUGGUGGUAACUAUUGGUGAACCGAAAAUAUUUUUUUGAAA